AUGGCGGGUGGCAGCCCGGCAAAAGAGGAGGUGCGGACGCCUCAUGAGUUGGAGAUGCAGAUGGAAGAGGGGGUCGUGCAGCGGAAUCAGCCUCGUCUCAAGAGGAAUCGAGCUGACCUUGCUGAUGAGCUCGAGUUCUUCACGGACCUCCGCAAUACGCUGAAGAAGAAGAAGAAGAAGCAGAAGAAGGAGAAGGGCACGCCCGAGAAGGAGAGGUUCGAUUCUUCCAACUCCUACCGUAAUCUGGGCACGCAGAAGGGGCUUGGUUUUCUCGACAAUCGUAUCAAGGUCUUGCGCAAGCGGAUGGGGAUAGCCGCCGGAACUGCCCACACCUCCCCCGCGAUCUCUGAUCUGUCGGACCCCUCGGGGAAGCAUAUGAAUGGUCUCAGUGAUCUGAGUUCGACAUUAGGAGCAGAUCCAGUUUCAGAUGAUGAUGAUGGCGCUGAUGGUUCUGGUGACGACGAGGAAGAGGAUGAGAUGGAGUGUGGCAAGCCAGCCAUGGAGGAGGAGGGGGUCCAGAGGAUCACCGGCUCCACACCAAUUUCGGAGAUUGAUGCUGAGGCAGUGAUGGAGGCAGAUGCCCAAGAUACCGAUGUAUCAGAGAAACCUGAUCCCAUUCCCACCAACACAACGGCAAAAGUGUCCAUAAACGGUGAUGGCCAUGAUCGAGCUGACACUGAUUGUGUUGAUGACGAUGAGGUAGACAGAGGCAAAUCAGAGGCACAAUUAGCCAAGGAGAAGAGGGUGAUGUCUACCGAGGAGCUCAAGUUUGAGUCCUUCCGUCGUGGCUGGGAGACUGCGUUUAGCCGACGCAGCGGCCACUUCCUUAACAAGACGACAGUGAGUUCCAUGCAGUUUACACACUUGGCACCUGGGCGCAUCCCAUGCGGCGCUGGCAUAGAACCUGCCGUGCAGAUCUUCUCUGUCAAGCUUACAGAGGUGAAAGGCGGCUUCAAAUUUCCAUUGUCCGUGUAUGGUGUGGUCGCUGCCCGUGAUGGCGUGGAUUACAACCGCAACCUUCUCUUCUUUUGCGAUAGGAGCAACUCCCAAAAACUUACUCAAAAUGAUCCUUAUCUGCGCCUGAUCGGCCCGUCUCGUGCUGUUUUCUUUGAGGACUAUGUUAAUUAUGAGGUCCAGCUUAUGGUGAAAGGCAGUGUCAAGUCUCGGGACAGGCCGUUGAUCACAGAUACAUACCGCCAAAUCCAAUGCCGUAUUGGUGUAUCCACCAUCUGCUUUCAGAACUGCUUCUGCACGAUGGAGUUACGCUUGGAGCGAUUUCUAGGUUCGGUCCAGGCCACCAUCUUUGGCGUACGCGUCGUCAAAGACAAUGGGGCGUGGCCUUUUGGACAUGGUGUUCGGGUUGCUUGCUCCCCAGCAUCACGGGAACUUAUGGAGGACAGUGAUGGUGAAUUCAAGUAUGUUGCUCAGCCUUCGUCUGGGGAAAUCUUGCUGCUUGAUUCAAAAGAUGGAAGAAGACCUGCGGAUUCAGAUGGAUACCUUUAUCUGUCAAGGCAAGUUGUUUCUGUAGAACCAAGCGGACAGCUGGAAGUUGAAAUACAGGCCUAUGCACCACCCGGCGUUCUCCCUGCAAAAGCUCAGGUCUGCUUCGAAGCCCAAGAAUGCAACAUAGAUCGUGGUCGGUGUUGCCUCCUCGGUGCCGAGGUGGAGAUCUGUGUUGCUUGGUCCCGUCUUGCUUCGGACAUGGAGAUGCUUGCGGUUGUUGACAGGGAUUUUCAAAGGGACGAACCAGAGAUUGCGUUCACACAAGUGGGGCUGAAUGGAGAGCCUGACACAGAACGAAUCUUUUAA